AUGUAUGUGAGCUCUCUCUUGGAUAAAGAGAACAGCAUGUAUCCAGGAUCUGCAAGGGGUAACAACAACCUGCCAGUGCAAAACUUUGUGUCUACUCCACCCUAUUCAGAUUACAUGGGAUAUCAUCAUGUGCCAACUCUGGACACCCAUGGACAGCCUGCGGGAACCUGGGGAUCUCACUAUGGCCCACAGAGGGAGGACUGGAAUGCUUAUGGCCCAGGACCUUCCAGCACGGUUGCUGCUGCACAGAUCAAUGGCUCAUCUCCUGGGCAGGUCUCCUACAGUUCUGCUGAUUACAGCUCCCUCCAUCCUGCUGGAUCUGGGGGGUUACCUCCUGUAGAUACAAUUAAUACACAGCAAAUCUCUCCCAACAGCCAAAGGCACAGCUCUUAUGAAUGGAUGAGGAAAACGGUGCAAGCUAACACUACUGGUAAAACAAGAACAAAAGAAAAGUACCGAGUUGUUUACACAGAUCAUCAGAGACUAGAAUUAGAGAAGGAAUUUCACUGCAACAGAUAUAUUACAAUAAGGAGAAAGUCAGAACUUGCAGCAAACCUGGGACUAUCUGAAAGACAGGUGAAAAUCUGGUUCCAGAAUCGCCGAGCAAAAGAAAGAAAAAUGAUCAAGAAGAAAAUAUCUCAGUUUGAUGGCAGUGGGGGCUCAGUUCAGAGUGACUCUGGUUCACUCAGUCCGAACGAAAUAUCUAGUUCUCUGUUCCCACCAUCACAUGGAAUAAAUGGAUUACAGCCUAAUGACAUUCAUCAAGUCAUAGUUUCAGAAUGA